AGUUCUGCUUAAGCCAACUUGUGGGCCAUUUUUACCAGUCACAAUGUUUGCAUCAAGGGCAGUUGAGCUCAUCAAGGAUUUACAACGCUCUGACACCAUGCCACCGUUCAAUGAAGAUGGAAUCCGUCAAGUACUUGAUGAGAUGAAGGCUUUAUAUGAAGAGAAUCAUCGAGAUGUGAAUGCUACUGUUGCUGGAAGUGCUGAUCACUUCAAUGCUGUGCACUUGAGACAUUCAGCCUUGGAAAGAAGCAAGAGGUGUCUCCUUGCAUAUUUGUUUACUCGUUUGAAAUGUCUAAGAGACAUGAGAUGGGAUUUUGGAAGCAUCUUGCCUUCAGAGAUUCGAUUCUAUCUUUGUGAACCAGAGGUGAUUUGCAUGCUUAUAUCUGUGAAGUUGGAAGUUCAGUGGUUUCAAGCCUAUAGUAAAUCCCUUGGAAUGUACAUGCACUCCAUAGGAAGACAAGGCUUGGAUCUUACUCAGAAUCUUCAGCCUCCAAAGUCUCUUUACAUUGAGGUAAGAUGUUUAGAGGAUUAUGGAGAAAUAGAGACUGAUGAUGGAGACUUCCUUGUUUUGAGGAAAAAUUCAACUCAUUUUCUGCCAAGAGGACAAGCUGAACCUCUCAUUCGCCAAGGCAUUCUUGAACACAUCUCAUAAUGAAGGUCUUGUGUAUGGUGUGGACCCUCCUUGUAUUUCUGCAAGAUAGGGAUUAGGUAAGAUGGGUGAAUUUUGUUUGUGAAGGAUUCAAGGAAUAUAGGUGUUCUCAAAACAUGACCUUAAAAUUUUCCUUGUAGAAAUCUUGUAAUCCUCAUGCAUGUGGAGGGAUCUGAAUAUCAUCAGUGCUUCCAGAGCUGCUUCAAUGGAUCUUGUUACUUCCUGCAUACAGGAGGCAUCAUUCUUUCUAAUAAAAAAAAAGGCCC